AUGAGCACGCAGGACGAACGAUUUGUGGGCCGCGUGCUGGAGAAAAACUACGAAUCCGUGUUCCAGGUCCGCACGAUGGGAUCGCUACUGGCGGGGAUUGCAGCUGGGGUUCUGGGACUCACGAACUUCCGGGGCCUCUUUUUCUUCAUAGCUUGUGCUGUCGUUACGUCCUUUGCCAUCAUGGCGCUCAGCUGCGGCGGAAACGCGCACAAGUGCUUCCCGAAAGGCACAUCGGAGCUGUUCUCUGUACAGCAACUGCUGUCAGGCGCCAUGACAUACAUCCUUGUAUGGACGGUGGCGUACGACGCCAUCUACAUUUUUUAG